AUGGAGACGAAUGGCAACAUCGAGAUCUUAGUGCACGUCGCAGCGCCGUGCAAAGCUGUUGACGAUGCCAGGUAUCGCGCCUUGGCGCAGGCGUAUCUCGACUUUCAACCAGCAGGCCAGACAAAGGUCUUGGACGGCUUUCCACAAGGCAAUGUGGAUACAGACAUAGCCAGCUCACAGGCUGAGCCAUCAUCUUCACCAUCAAUACCCUUUUACGCACCGAUUCCAAACAGCGAGGCAACCCAGCUGCCGUCGUCACCACCAGUGCGAUACUAUCUACCAGAGGCCUCAUUUGGAAGUGUCCAACUUUCUUUUAGGAGUGUUUUGGACAAUAGAAACUCCCCGAUCCUUGGUAGAGCCGAAGCAGUACAGGAUCUACCCCAAUCAUCGCAACCGGAGGCCGAGACUCAGUUUACACAAUCUAGUUGGGUGGCUCCUCCAAGUGUAAUUGGGGACUCUCAGCCAGCGAACGACAUCAGCCUUGCCGAGUUCUCGUCGCCAAGUCGGCUUUUUGAGCAUUUGGCAUGUCAGUUCGAGAGUCAAGGAGCCGGAGCUUCCCAGCAGAUCCCGUCGCAAAGCCAGCGUCGAGUUCUGCGAUUCUCGCAGGGCCCAGAAGAGGAAUUGGAAGAGGAGGAAGAUGCCGGAGAAGACGAUGAGCAGGUUGUUCUGGUCACAUCCAGCGAACCCCCAUCAACCAGCGACGUCCCGCCACCGCACCCAUCCCCUCCAGCAGAAAACGUCAUUCUAGACACACCCUUCCCAGCGCGGAAGCGACCUCUACCCGAGGGCUCACCCCUCGACCAGGUGAUCCAAGAAACACCAUGCCAGGCCUCCGGAAAGCGGCCAUCGCUAUCCUCUCGUGGCAACUCCGAUUCACCUCUUCCACGCAAGCGCCAUAAGCGCUCCGCGCCAAUAUCAGAAUCCAGAUCAGCAACGCGGAGCCCCUCCAUAGCCGGGCACGUCAUCCCGGACGAUCUCUACAGCAUCAUACGCCCACCAAACACGCGUCACCUGAACUACCUCGAACGCCUCGAGAUUCAUCCCGAGGGCCCCCCCGUCGGCAACGCAGAACUCACCCCAGACGACCUCCUGACGCCCAAGCUUAGAGAGCUCGCGCGGCAGCUUAACAUCGACAAACGCUUCCGGCCCGUCGAGCAGAUGAGGGAGCUGCGGCCGUUCGAGAGGGGCCACUGGACACUCGACUGGACCGGCUGGCGACCGACCUUGCGCGAGCGGGCGUGGCACUUUCUGACCGACUACAUCCUCGAAGGGUUCGCGGGGUGGGGUGUCUGGUGCACGCGCGCCGAGGACUGGUCGUGGCUGAGGGUCUACUGCUGGGGAUAUGUCACCGGGCAUGUGUACCUCGCGCUUUACCUUGCCAGCGAGAGGGCUUUGAAGACGGAAACGGCUCGGUGGGUGGACGGCGCUGGGGAAGUGAUUCUGGUUACCAACGGGCAUGGCAACUCCGAGUCAGGGGACAGCAUGGAGGACGGGGCGGACGAGUAG